GAUCAAAUGAGUAUUGAAUCCCACAUCAACAGAGGGAGUGGGAGAAGGGGGACUUUACACUCCUCUCUGCUGUACUACCUCUGUCUCUGUGUCCUCCUACAGCCUCCUCAACAGCUGGCUGGUUGUUUGUACUCAUCACAUCUGUGCGUCACUGGAGUAGCAGAUGCUGCAGCUUCUUAAUUUCUGCUGGCUUUAUCCAGAAUUCUGAGAGUGGACAAUUCCUAUAUAUUUUUUAAAAUUAUAUCUAUGGUGGUAAGGUAAAUUGCAUGUUCAUGUGCCUUUGUAAUAGAGCACCACUGACAACAGUAAAGAACGCUGCAGCCUCUCCAAUACCAACUACAACUGCUACAGUUUUUCCACCUGUAUGUCUGGGAGUAGGAACUUCAAACAUCAGAGACGGGCGAGCAUCUCUAGAUCAGCACUGGAUGGGCAAGUUUCCAAAGUAAUUUUUUUUACUUUUUUCAAGAAAAAUCACAGUGAUUGUAGCAGAGAGAUGUGGCUCUAUAUGAAGAGGAGCUUCCCAGAGAAACCGCUGAUCCUGGUCCUCUUUUCUUCCCUGCUCUCUGCCCAGCUCAGCCGCAAUUUAGACUCCAGGACUUCUUCCAUCCAGGAACCUACUCCAACAGCCUCCAACAUAAGCUGUACAGUAGAAGAGGAGCUUGCUGGCACCAUGCAGCCUCCAAGUGUCAGCACAAACCCUCAAGUAGUAGUAGAAGAGGAAGAGCAAGACUGGUCUGUGCCUGAAAAUUACCUCUAUACCGGUGAUGCCUCACUCCUGAGUUCCUCAAGGUGCCAUAAAUCUUUCCAGUUGACUGCUCAGCAUGGUGCUAUCCCACAAGACAUCAAGGCCCUCCUCUACCAGCCUACAGUGUCCUUGACCAACACUGUGAACUUCCUCAACCUUAUCUUUCAGGCAAGUGAACUGCGGGAGACCAGCAUAAGGGAGGACAUAGAGUGGUACCAUGCGCUGAUCCGGUCCGUGCUUGUUGGUGAAAGACCUAGCUUGGUGAGACAUGCUCUACUAAGCUUUGAUGCUGAUCCUACAGCACCUCAACCACAGUUGGUACUCUGGGCCUCCAAGGGCUUAUCUCAGGACAUCUACCUGCAGGACCUCACUUUGGCCUGGGAAAAACUUCACUUAGUGCCCCAUGGCCUUGAUCAGAGUUGGUUCACCUUACAGAAAUCCAACAGCCCAUCCUUUCCUAGCUUGUCUAAACAGGUCCUGCUCAAUGACCUCAGCACCCUGGAUACACCCAAGUGGGCACACGGGGGGACCUAUGUAACUAAUAGCAGUGGACUGCAGUGGGGUGAAGCCCCAUUCUUGGAGUGUAAUGAAGGGCGUUUCCUGCCUGGGUGGCUACUUACACUUUCUAUGCCUUUUUAUGGGCUGAAGCCAGACCUCAGUCCUGAGUUCAGAGGUGUGAUUCGUGUAGAUGUGAAUAUCCAGGAUUUUGAUGUAAACCAGUGUGCCACUGGGGAUUUCUGGUUUGCUGACACACAUCAGUGUAACCGUACCAGCAUGGAGUGUGAGCCGAUUCCUAAGCAAGGGUUUCGUCUUGGCCAGUACUGCUGCCGAUGUAAAGAGGGAUACUACAGCCUGCCUGUGGUCACAGAGGACCAGUUGGGUGAUGGUUCCAGUAGUACCCAGGGGUGUUACCCAAUGAUUCCAGUGUGUGUACCCUGCUGGCCGGGCUGUAAGCGGUGUCAGGAUGGCUCCCCAUGUUGGGUUCAGGAGGACUGGAACCUGAGAGCAGUGCUGUUAACUGUGCACGGCUUCUUCAUGGCACUUGUCCUUAUCAGCAUGCUAAGAGUGUACCAAUGCCGGAGGACAAGACCGAUUCGAGCAUCUGGUCUCCUGUUGCUGGAGAUUAUUCUUUUCGGGUCUCUGCUCCUUUACUUUCCAGUCUUGAUAAUAUAUUUCAAACCCAGCACGUUUCGCUGCAUCCUGCUCCGUUGGGUCCGUUUGCUUGGCUUUGCCAUUGUUUACGGCACUGUGACAUUGAAAAUGUACAGGGUUCUGAACGUAUUCCUCUCAUGCACUGCCCAGAGAGUUCCCUACAUGUCCAGCACCAGUGUGCUCAGGAUGCUGGGAGUGAUGGUGCUCACUGUGAAAUGGUUUUUGUGUGCUUGGACUCUGGGAGUCCUUCAAAACCGGGAUCGUAACAUCCCUCUGCUGAUUACAUUAACCACCUCAGAUGGGCAGAGUUUCAGAGUGUGUGAUUUGGACCGGUGGGAUUACAUGAUGGCUAUGGCAGAGCUGCUGUUCCUGUGCUGGGGGAGCUCCCUCGGCAGUGCAGUGAAGUCUGUGCCCUCUGCCUUCCAUGAGCCUCGCUACAUGGGCAUCGCCAUCCAUAACGAACUACUCUUCUCUACCUUGUUCCAUCUGCUCAGAUUCAUAAAGCCAUCUCUACAUCCUGACUGGAUGCUCUUGCUGUUCUUUAUCCACAUACAUGUCACAAUCACUGUAACACUUGGCCUGCUGUUCUUUCCUAAGUUCCUUCACAUAUCUCAACUCAUAAAAGAGGAUAUUGCUUCAGAGAUGUAUGAGGAUGAAGUGGACCUACGGCGUUCAUGUUUACAUCUGAAUAAUAGUUUUACAUCUGCCUGCUGGAGUGACCACAACCUGGACCCUGACGACAUUCGGGGUGAGCUGAAGAAACUUUAUGCUCAGUUGGAAGUCCACAAGACCAAGAAAAUGGAAAACAACAACCCACACCUGCAGAAAAAGCGCAGCUCUCGGCUCAUGCUUGGCCGAUCGAUUAUUAGGAGGAUAGCUGAGAUCCCAGACAGCAUGAGUCGGCAGAGUAGCCACAAAGAUAAGGACACUUCAGGAGCUGGAGGGACAUCAAAAGGGUCUGGAUCUUGCUCGGCAACUUCCGAAAGCACCCGUGUCAUUAUGAGGAAUGAGACAGCAAAGUUGCCAUCACCAGAGAUACAAAAGUGUGUGCCAGUGAAGGAUACUUCAAUGGUAAAUUCUUCAGUGAAAAACUGUAUGAACAAGAGGGCCUCAGAGACAGGGUCUAUCGACACAGCACCACUUUUCUGCAAGUCAAUCAGUGCUCAAAACCUAGCCGUAGACAACAACUUUCUACAACCAGUGUCCACUCGGGUUCAGAAAUCAUUUAGUUUUACAGAAAAGCACAGAGAUCAUUUUCUUUCUCCUACUAAGAGCACAGUGGACACAUCACAUGAUUUUAAAACAAGCCCAAAAGAUAAGUCAUUUGACAAGGCUGAGGUUAAAGAGGAACAGCCUACAGCCACAAACACGUCAAACCAAAAACAUGUCACUCGCGCGCUCUCUGAGCAAGAAACCCUAACACCAAAGCUUACAUCACCCCCCACACUACUUUAUGUUUGCCCCUGGGAAUUUGCCUCCUCCUUGCCCUCCUCUUCUCCUCCUGUAGCAAAGGGAGAGAGUGGUCUAGAUUCAGAUGUUGAAUCUUCAAGACCAAAACCUCCAAUCUCCUCAAGUGCUCCAGGAUCACCAUAUAGUUUUACCAAGCCAAUGGCCCGCUGUGGGUUCUCUUUCCAAUCUGCAACCCAGACCCUCCUUUUAGCAAGGGGUUUGGUGGCUAAAAAAGGGAGUGGCAAAUAUGGCAGUAAAAAUGAACUCAGCAAAGAGGAGGGAACAUCACAACAGACCAGAUCAGUGACUCUAAACAGUAUGACUAUACAGUCAAAGAAAAAGACACCACAAUCAACAAUACGAUCUAUGACUUGUGUUGAUUCAAAACCUUGCCUUGUGAAACAGGCAGCAUUAAGAGUAUCCCUAGAGAGGAACUCCAUAAGCAAUGUCUCACCACAUAUCCACCAGUGGGAGUCAGAGGACACGGAAUCUGAAAAUAGAAUACAAUGUCAGAAAAGUGGCAAGCAAAGACUGUGUCUGACUCCUAGUAUCGAGAGCACCAAACCAUCCUGGCACCAAGACAGAGAUUCUUUGACUGUUCCAAGAUCAACAGUGUGUCGAUUGGACGUUCCAAACAAGACUUGUCGACAAAGCAGCAUUGCUGAUAUUUGCCCCUGGGAAGUGAAGCAGCAAGAUCAAUUACAACCCAAAAGUUUUUCUGAUGAUGAUUUAACUCGGGAGGUGGACAGCAAGCAAAUGCAAAUAACAACAUGGGACAAAGGUAUUUGUCCAUCGGAAUCGCUAGGACAGGCAUCAAUAAUCAAUUGUAAAUCUAGGAAAGGAACUGAGCAACAUCAGAGCCAUACAGUGUUCCCUUGUAAUGUUAAACUAGAUUCUGCCAAAUCAGUUUCUGAGGCAACACAACCAACUGAGCGAGUUAUUUAUGUAAAUCCUUGUCCAGACACAAAGACGCAGAGUCUUGUGCGACAAGAGACACUCCAAACUGAUGUCUGUCCAUGGGAAACAAGUGACACAGAUACAAAUCAAGAGAUAAUGUGUGUUGAUGUAUAUCCCUGGAAAUCAGAUGCCGUACUAGGGAAAUACUCAGAAACAAUAAGGAGCACUGAUUCAAAAAGUUUACCUACGCCUAGUCCAAGGCAUUUCUUAACAAAACAACUUACCAGUACUUCAGAUAUGGAUAUAUGCCCAUGGGAUUUUCCUGAGGGAUUUUCCUGCCAAUGGGAAUCAGAAAAGUUACUUAAAACAGAUGCUGAGAAACCAAGAGAUUAUGUCAAAAAAACUAUAGCAACACUAUGUCCACUGAAUAAACAGCUGACAAGCACACCAGAAACCUGUCCAUGGGAUUUCCCUGAGUCACCACCUAUUGUGAAAGAAGUCUAUCUGUUGGAGUCAGAGGAAGCAUCAGUGAAACCAAUACAAGAAGACAUGGGAUUGCCUUCACAAGUGUCUGCAACUAAGAAAACAGACAGCUGUUCCCAAGAAGCAAAGGCAUCUGAGUGGUCAGAAGGUAUUGCCAUAACAAAGGAGGCAGAUACCUCAGUCCUACAAAAAGAAAGUGUGCAUGCCAAAAUCUGUCUUUGGGAAAGCAUUACGCUAGAAAGUGAACAGCCAGUGAAAUCAUCUCAAAAACAAACAAGUCUACAUGUUAAUGUUGACCCAUUGCAUACAGGUGAGCAUGAGAAGCAAAUCCAAAAAAACAAAAAUGCUUAUGCUGAUAUUUGCCCAUGGGAAACAGAACAGUCACCAAAUCUAGAUCAAAGUCAAAAUUACCUUCAAGCAUACUCAUGUCCACGGGAACUAGAGGACUCAGCAAAGUCCAAAAUGCAAUCAGGUGUCUGUGUAGAUGUUUCCCCUUGGGAAACUGACUCAGAACGACCAGCAAAUACAAAGGACAGCAUCAGUGAGAAGAGGGAAGAAGAUACCAGUGCACAUACUGCACAGGGGGCAAGGGCUAAUUGGCCUCUGACUCAGUGUGAUGCAUUGUGGCCAUGGGAAAUGAAAGGAGGAUCACAAACAUCCAUUGCUGAGCAUGAUACUAACUCUGCUAUCUUCACAUGGGAGGAACCAAUAGCAGAAGAAGAAAGUGAUGCAGAAACAGCGGCAGAGGCCUUUAUCUUCCCACCUGACUUAUAAGCUCCAAACUAAACCGCAAGAGCAUUAGUGAGAUCAGACACUGAUGUUGGUGAGGAGGUCUGGGGUUCAGUCAGUGUUCCAGUUCAUCCCAAAGGUGUUCAGUGGUGUUGAGGUCAGGGCUCUGUGCAGGACACUUGAGUUCUUCCACUCCAACCUUAACACACCAUGUCUUCAUGGAGCUCGCUUUGUGUACAGGGAUAUUGUCGUGCUGGAACAGGUUUGGGCCCCUUAGUUCCAGUGAAUGGAAAUUGUAAUGCUACAGCAUACAAAGACAUUCUAUACAGUUGUGUGCUUGCAAGUUUGUGGCAACAGUUUAGGGAAGGCCCACAUAUAGGUGUGAUGGUUAAAUGUCCACAAACUUUCGGCCAUACAGUGUACAUGUGGACAUACCAAGGUUUUUGUUUUGUUUUUUUACCUCCCGCGUAGCAUCACCAGCUGUUAAAUUCAAAACAGUGACGUCCUGAUAAUGGUGGCAGAAUUAACUAUGCAGAAAAAUUAGUAUUCCAAGACAACCCAAUCAGCAUCAGUGAAUUAAUCACCCAUUGUGUUUCAGUUUCAUUGUGUAUGCAAUUCACAUAUUAUGUAUAAACAUCCGACAUAGCUAUGAUAUAAAUAUGUGGCUAUAUGAGAACAUAUGGUAUAAACGUGAGUGUUUAUUCGUUUUUUAUUUGUAUUUUUUAUUUAGGCUACUCAUAACAUCGGUAGCCGAAUUGAUGUAGUACACAUUCGCCACUGUGAUAUUACCUAUGACAUUUCUGCAGCGCGGACCUCACUAAAAUUUUGAUCCUUGUUACGGUCCUGCUUCUACCUAGGUACAUUUUCCCAUUUGGUCCUACAUUACUGUUUCUCUCCCGGGUAUUUGUGUUUCAGUCUGGAGAUUAAAAUCUCCAGUCACACCAUGGGAUCGCCUUCAAGUCAAAGACUGUUGUAAACAUAGAUAUUAUUCACUCAAUUGAUCCAAUCAAAGAAUUAACAAUGACAGAAUUAACAUUUUUAUUGUAUGAUUUUAUCUUGAUUAUAAGCAUAGUGCAUUAGAUGAGAAAGUUUUUCAUUACGUCUAAAGCCAUUCUUGUGGAACACAAAUGUUCGUGAUAUAGCCAGGAUAUAUUCAGGAGGUCAUAACUAUCAUAAGUGAUUUGUAUAAUUUUUUUUGGUAUAAUUUUACUUAUGUUAAAUGUUACAUGUUCUUACCUCAUAUUGAUGAACUAUCUGCUUGUUAAAGGUUAUUAUUUUGUCUUUUCAAUAUAUUUCAUGACACUGGAUGUAAUGUUUAACACCUCACCUGUAAUUUUGUUUGUGCAGUGUACACAUUGUCAUAAAUAAAUGUCAUGCACAAGCAAUACAGCAAUUCUGUGAUUUUCAAAGUGAUUUGGACUGUGUACAGUAUUCUUAAAAACCUUAUGUAAAAAAAAAUAAAAUAUCUAUUUCAUAACCUUUCUGAAAUCAGCUGUAUAGUACCAAAUGCUUUUUG